AUGUUUUCACGGUCUUCUGCGGCUCGGUACCUUUCAAAUUCCGCACAAAAAUCACGAAAGAAGGUAGAUUGUGCUGUUUAUGGGUGCGGUUUAUCAGCGUCUGGUGCUUUAGCGAUUCCAAAGUUGGUACAGAAUCCUGAUGAUGUCACAGCAAGCGAGGCCAAGCAUCCAAAACGAAUAACCUAUUUCAACACUAAAAGUAUUAAAUUCGUCAGCUCAGGAUUUGGUUUUUCUCUUUUCGCAUCUGAUAACAAGCUUUUUGGCGCGGGAAUAAAUAAUCGUUUUCAGAUUGGUGGACAACUAACAGAUUCUUCGAAAUAUCAGGAUUAUUACAUUUCUGCAAAGAAGAUUCAUAUUCCCGUUGAGGAGAUUUUAGAGAUUUCAUCCGGAAGAGCACAUUCGCUGAUUCGAACUAAUUCUGGAGUUUUUGCCAUUGGGGAUAAUAACUUUGGACAAUGCGGUAAAGAUCCGGCUGUGAUUGAUCACAUCGUCGGCAGUGAAGAAUCCCCCCUCCAGCCACUAGAACUUCCAACAUCCAGUCCGGUUGUCUCAGUCCACUGUUCCUUGGAUUCUUCAUUGAUCGUUGAUUCUACUGGGCAAGUUUUCAGUUUUGGACUCAAUGAAGACGGUCAAUGCGGGAACGAGAAAUAUGGAAUACAGUGGAAACCAUCACCUGUUAAAGGAGACCUGAGUGGAGUAAAAAUCAAAGAAGUCAGUGGAAGUACAGAUACUAUAAUGGCUUUGAGUGAGGAAGGCGAUGUGUUCAUCUGGGGACAAACAGAAUAUGGACAAGCGGUUGGGGCAACUGAAAAGAUUCAGCUCAACGUUUCUCGAAAUAUUAAUUUAUCUGCCAUCGGACCAAUCGCAUCAGUCGACUCAACGCAAUCAUCGGUGAUUGCUCAAAAUACUCGGGGAGAGGCAUUUGUAUGGGGUGUUGGGGUUCUCGGAAUGGGACCGGAAGCUGACGUUUUGAAGAGACCCACCCAAAUGGAUCAACCGUUGUUUGACGGUAAAAAGAUCACUUCUGUAACAGCUGGAAAUAGUUGUAUGUCAGCCACCAACGAAUCAGGUCGUCUGUUCAUUUGGGGUGAAAAUCGUUAUUCAAGUCUUGGAUUAGGUCAUUCGAAUCGUCAAUUAUUCCCAUAUCAGUUGUUUCUACCUGGAGAUGUUCGACAAGCAGCGUUAGGUCCUGAUCAUUCAUUGUUUUUAGUUAAUUAG